AUGUUUAAGGCACACCCAGACCUGGUUCGUUUCGACGAGAAAUUGCCAAACUUCUGGAAGUUCUUCAUCUCUACUACCAUGAGAACAAGCUCAACGGCGUUCACGGCAUCCUGGCAGCAAGGCCGGGACCAAAUGAGAGAUUUAGCGCAGCGUGCCCAGACACUGCCAACCCCAGGGACUGUUCAGCUCAUCACCGGAGGAAUUUCCUACCCUUGCGGCAAUGGUCCUCAAAAAGUUCAACAGUACGUGGAUCUGCGAUUGUUGGCCGAGGCGGCAGAGGCGGAAGGAGUUGACCUUCGCGUUCUGUACAUGAAACGAUCAGCGAAGGAGCUCUUGUUGGCCGACACCGUCCAUCGGGGGUUUCAAAACUUUCUGGGCGAUAUCGACUCUUCGGCGGAAAAGCGGUUCAUGACGUAAGUUCUUCGUAGCGGAAAACAGCGUAACCCUCAUCAGCAGAACAUCGUUGAUUGGUGGAGUACGUAGUCGUCAAAUUCUGAACCGUCAACGUCUUAGCGCGGUACCUUCUACCAUCCGUAUGGGUCCAACUGACGCGGGCGUCUUUGGCCGUCUAUGUCCAAUUACCCACUAUUUGAUGCAUUGUUUCAUCCGUCGAAGUGCAUAAUAUUGCAGCUGUAUUUCUGUAGUUCAUGUGGCAUAGCAGAAGUCCCAAUGAGAAACACGUAUUUCUUGCUGGCAUGGAUAUGCCCUUUUUUUGGCUCAAAUUUCAAUGUUUUUGGACGU